GAAAUGACAUUUUGUGACGCCACUUCCGCUUAGCCGCCAGUUCUGCGUGAACGCCAUCCGGGAAGUUUUCAGUGUUGUGCGAGGCUCGGAAGGGCCGCGUGUGAAGACGCACCGUGAAAAUGAGGCGCAGUAAGCCCGAGAUCCAGAAAUACAUCGAGAGCGUCCAGAACAGCGCGCCUUCUCCCCGGGAGGUGCGUAUCAUCAUAUAUUAAUGUCCAGGAAAGGGAUCCAAAAGCUCACCGGUUUCUUGGACUCCUGUAUGAAAUUGAAGGCAAUGUGGAAAAAUCUGUUGGCUGCUACAAGCGAUCAUUGGAAUUAAAUCCUACUCAGAAGGAUCUUGUCCUUAAGAUUGCAGAACUAAUAUGCACUAUGAAUGUCACAGAUGGCAGAGCGGAAUACUGGGUGGAAAGAGCAGCCAAACUGUUUCCAGGGAAUCCUGUCAUUUACAGGCUAAAAGAGCAGCUGCUUAACUUGCAGGGUGAAGCUGGUUGGAAUCGUUUGUUUGACUUAAUCCAGUCAGAGCUAUUUGCACGACCUGAUGAUGUUCAUGUAAAUAUCAGACUGGUGGAGUUGUUUCGGUCCAAUAAGAGACUAGAUGAAGCAGUGAUCCAUUGUCUCAAGCCGGAGAGGAGAGCUCUACGUAACCACUUAGAGUGGUGCUCAUGUGUUGUACAGGUUUUAAAGGAGUACCUCUCUGCUUAUCCAUCCUCAGAUAAAGAUAAAAACUGGAGAAUAUUUAAUAAAGAGCUGUUACUUGCACAUUCAGACGUGGUCUUUCUAACCCUCUCUACUAGAGAUGUGCCAGAAAGCAGGCUGGCACUUGAAAAUUUUGAUCAGGCCCUCCUUUCAGUAAAGCCCCAUGCGAAUGGCACAGAUGAUCUUUCAGUGACCUUCUCUGAAAUGCGUGGUCAUUACUAUAUGCAUGCUGGAACUCAGUUACUAAAGAUGGCCCAACACAGUGAUGUUCAGUGGAAGGCUCUGUUAGAACCAGCUGCUCUUUGCUAUCUCCUUGCUUUCCAGGUGCCGUGGAAUAAGCAGAUAAAAGCAGAUGAAAGCUCGUAUAACUUUCUUGAAGGGCUGGCCUGUGAUCGUCGGAGUCAAUCAGGACACUUGCUACUGACUUUGAGCCAUGGCCAUGAUGACUUCCUGACAAAUGUUACUGAAACAUUUGCCAAUAAGAGUGGUCAAGGUAUAUUGCUGAAAUUCCUGUUUGAAGACCAUAUUUCGAUGGAGAACUCAUUUCUAGGCACUGAUGAUAUUGGAAAUGUGAACUAUCAGUCACCAGACUUAAAUGAUCUGCGACGAUAUGACCAAGGUGCAGUUCGAAUGCAUAAUGGGAGUUUACAACACUUGACCUGGCUUGGACUUCAGUGGGAGUAUAUGUCAACGUUGCCCACCUUCCACAAGUGGCUAAAGCAGCUUUUUCCCCGGCUACCUCUAGAAACAUCAAGGAUUGAAUCAAAUAACCCAGAAUCUGUUUGCAUACUAGAUCUGGAGGUAUUUUUAUUGGCAGUUGUAUACACUAGUUACCAUCAACUACAGGGUAAUUAUACCACGUCACAUGACAGACACCGACCUCGGUGCCUACCUUUACCAAUCUGUAAGCAGCUGUUUACAGACAAGCAGCGAUCCUGGUGGGAUGCAGUCUAUAACCUUACACAUAAGAUGGCUCAGCCGGGUACUGCAACAAAACUUCGUCUUGUAAUACAGCAUGAACUUAACACACUGCGAGUCUUGGAAAAACAUGGUCUGCAACCUGCUCUUCUCAUACAUUGGGCAAGAAGUCUUUGCACUACAGGUAAUAAUUUGAAUUCGUUUUAUGACCAAAGGGAUUACAUGUUCCGCUGUAUUCACUAUUGGAAGAAAGUGUUGCCUUUGCUGGACCUGGUCAAGCAGAAGAAGAGCAUUCCUGAGCCAGUAGACCCGCUCUUCAAACAUUUCCAUAGUAAAGACAUAAAGCUUUCUGAGGUUAGAGAUUUAGAAGAUGAAGCUGGCAUUGCAUUUGCAAGAGUUGAUAUUAUUGAAGGAAAAAUUGAUGAUGCUAUUUUAGCUCUGGAAUCCAUUAAGAGUGUUCAUUCCUGCUGGCAUCUUGCUUUGAUCUACCAGCGUAAAGGAGAGGAUUUGGAAAAUGAGAUUCCACCCACAGAAGAACAAGAAGAAUAUCUGAACUGCAUACAGAAGUACAAAUCCUAUCUGAUAAAGAUUCUUGAUGAAGUUUCUACAGAUCCUUCUUUGACUGGAAAGCUUCCAGUACCUAUUGAAUCUGUUGAAGAGAUGCUGGAUGAAGCAAAGAAAAUUCUUGGUGAAGUUCAAGAGGUUCAUAGCCCAAACUUCAGAGACACACAGUCCUUCAUGUCUGCCUCAGCAAUAAAGCAUUCUACUCCAUCUCCUACAAAGUUCUCAGUGUCUCCUAACAAAGCACAAAAGUCCUUGUCAAAAACCCCACCACCCUGGGCUGAAGAUCAGAAGUCUCUCAUUGAAAAACUUGUUCAACAAGUUGAAGCGUUAAAGAAAGAAGUCCAUGAGCUAAGAAUGAAUAGUUCAAACACCAAUGUAUCAUCACAGCGCUGGGCUGAAGGGUUUGGUGCUGAUCCAGCUACAGAUGGGUUCCAUUUAGCUCAAAGUUAUUAUGAUCCACUAACAGUUUCAACAACGGGACAUCCUGGUUACUAUGCCCAGUCACCAGCCUAUAAUCCUCAACAGCUUCUCAGACCGGUGGCUAAUGUUACUCCAACUAAGACAAAUGUGUAUCCAGUCAGUAGAAUGACAACUCAACAGCACAUGUAUGCCAUGCAUACACCACCAGUACAGAAUUCCGCCAUAGUUGGACCUGCAUUACGUUUCGAAUCUCCUGCUACUAAUAUUUUGUCUCCUCAACCUGAUGAUUAUUAUAACUACAGUUUGCCUCCAAACACUGCAAAUCCAGCAUUGCCAGAACCAGGCUAUUUCACAAAAGCUACUUUUGGAUCCCAGCAAACCAAAUCUGAUGGAUCAAAGAUAGAGUUUGGAAAGAGCAGUUUUGUUCAGCCAAUUCCGAAUGAAGGACCAAAAUUACCUCAAUUUACAGCACCAAUGCAGUCCACUCCAUCAUCUACUUUCAAGUUUAAUUCAAAUUUUAAGUCAAAUGAUGGAGACUUCACAUUUUCCUCUAACCAAGUUGGUACCCCAUCGAGUGCUGGGAAUGAAUGCCUUUUAAGACUCCUAACGUCGGAUAAGACUAUUCCAGACCAGGGAAAGCCAUCAGCUUCAUUUGAGAAUGCAGUAGACUCAAGAAAUAUGUUUAGGUUUAGUGAGAAAAGCUUUGUAAAUAACUUUGGAGAUGGCACAAUUCAGAACCAAGAUAAAAGCAAUGCAAUGUUUGGGCAACGAGAUAAUGAAUUUCACUUCCAAAACUCUGAAAAGAAAGGCUUUGUGCCUCCAGCGUUUGAUAUGCCGUCAAAGGAAGAGCACAACCAAAGCCAUGGCUCUGAAUCUGCUAGUGAUUUUGUAGCUGAAGAGGAUGGGCCUCAUUUUGAACCUGUAGUGCCAUUACCGGAGAAGGUUGAAGUAAAAACUGGAGAAGAGGAAGAACAAGAAAUGUUCUGCAACAGAGCAAAGCUUUUCCGUUUUGAUGCAGACUCAAAAGAAUGGAAAGAAAGAGGUUUAGGCAAUGUUAAAAUUUUAAGACAUAAGGUAAAUGGCAAGAUACGUCUGCUCAUGAGAAGAGAUCAAAUCUUGAAGAUUUGUGCAAACCAUUACAUAAAUGCCGAAAUGAAACUAAAACCACUUGCUGCAUCUGAUAAAUCCUUUGUGUGGCAUGCGUAUGAUUAUGCCGAUGAGAUGCCAAAAUCCGAGCAGCUUGCAAUUCGUUUUAAGACUGUAGAGGAGGCCACCCGUUUCAAAACUAAAUUUGAAGAAGCACAGAAACUUCUCCAAAUUACAGAAGACAGUUCUAGCAUCCAGACUCAAUCCAUUAAAGCAGAACUUAAGGCCAAGCCUAUUUCACUUGAUGUGCAGUUUGGUUUGAAACCAGGAGAAUGGCGGUGUGAUGCAUGCGCUGUAAAGAAUAAAGAUACCACAGUUACAUGUGUUUCUUGUGCAACUCCCAAUCAAAACAGUAAAAAUUCAAGAGAUAUAUCUACUAAAGACACUAAAUCUUUGAACACUGGAGCAAGUUCUAUAAGCAUGUCUGCAUCUGCUUUCUCAUUUAGCAAGGACACUUUAAAUAGCAAGUCCUCUUCAAAUGAGCAACUUACAAAGAACAGAGAACAGUGGAUAUGUAGUAAGUGCUCAACAAAGAAUGCUAUUGCUAACAAACAAUGCAUUACCUGUCACCCUGUAAGUCAGAAUGAUGGAAAAUCAGCCUUGUCGUUCACACUAAAGUCUACCGCAGAUUUAAAAAGUAUCUCAGGCACACAGGGUGGUUCAUUUGGGUCUGCACAGUCUGCAUCAUCUUUCAAAUUUGUUACCUCCGAAACUGGUCCAUCGAAAGAUUUUGGGGGUCUCUUUGCAAAAAAGGAAGGACAAUGGGAUUGUAGUGUAUGCAUUGUACGUAAUGAAGCAGGCGCUUCAAAGUGUGUCUCUUGUGAAAAUCCAAAACCAACAUCUUCAGGCAAUGUGACAGGGCGUCCAAUUCAACCAUCUAACUUUAGUUUUAACAAGGCCCAAAAUGAUAGCCUGGAGGCAAGGUUUCAGAAAAAGGAAGGUCAGUGGGACUGUUCUGUUUGCCUUGUUAGAAAUGAAGGUUCAGCAAUAGUGUGUGUUGCCUGCAAUACACAAAAUCCAAAUGCAAAAAGUGUCCCAACCACAAGUGUCCCAACCACAUCAGACACAAAAUCAACCUUUGGGUCUCUCUUUGCAAAGAAGGAAGGACAAUGGGAUUGUAGUGUAUGUAUAGUACGCAAUGAAGCAAAUGCUUCAAAGUGUGUCUCUUGUGAAAACCCCAAUCCAACAUCUUCAGGCAAUACGACAGGGCCUACAAUUCAGCAAUCUAACUUUAGUUUUAACAAGGCCCAAAAUGGUAGCCUGGAAGCAAGAUUUCAGAAAAAGGAGGGACAGUGGGACUGUUCUGUGUGCCUUGUUAGAAAUGAAGGUUCAGCAAUAGAGUGUGUUGCCUGCAAUACACAAAAUCCAAAUGCAAAAAGUGUCCCAACCACAAGUGUCCCAACAUCAUCCGUCACAAAAUCAGCCUUUACAUUUGGUCUUAAAACAAGUUCUGAGGCAUUUACCCCACCUUCUACAGUUUUCAAAUGCAAUUUUGCAGGAAAAGAUGUCAAGUUUGGCACAAGUGACGAUAAACCAGCAUUUAGUUUAAAACCCACAAAUUCCAAUGAAGAAACAAAAUCUGAGGGAUUUAGCUUCACUAUGCCUUUUAAUUCUAGUUCUUUUAAAUUUGGACUUAAAGAUUCUAACACGAAAGAUGAACAUGGGAAUGAAGCAUCUAGUGAUGUCACUGGUACCUUAGGAGACAAAGGGGUUUCUACAGAAUCUGAUACUGGUUUACAAGCUGAAGAAAGCAAACAAAGCGGUGAGUUAGUAUUCAGUCAGACUGCAGGUACUUUCUCCUUUUCCCAACUUUCUAAAAAUUCUGAAGGCUUUGCAUUUGGAAAAACAGACCCCAAUUUCAAAGGGUUUUCUCGUGCAGGCGAAAAGUUGUUUACUUCCAUAAAUGUUAAAGGGGAACAGGCAAAUUCUGCUGAGCAUGAGCGUUUAGAGGAGCUGUACAAAACAGAAGAUCGUGAUGACAUUCAUUUUGAGCCUAUUGUGAAUCUUCCUGAAAAAGUGGAGCUAGUCACUGGGGAAGAAGAUGAGACUGUACUUUAUUCACAACGUGUCAAGUUAUUCCGCUUUGAUGCAGAAACCAGCCAGUGGAAAGAGCGUGGUGUUGGCAACAUGAAAAUUCUUAAGAAUGAGGUCAAUGGGAAACUAAGAAUGCUUAUGCGUCGAGAUCAAGUGCUUAAAGUGUGUGCAAACCACCUUAUCACGACAACCAUGAACUUGAAACGUUUGUCUGGCUCAGAUCGGGCCUGGAUGUGGAUGGCUAGUGACUUUUCUGAUGGAGAUGCAAAAUUAGAACAGCUAGCUGCAAAGUUUAAGACACCAGAGCAAGCAGAAGACUUUAAAAGCAAAUUUGAAGAGUGCCAGCGCCUGCUAUUAGAUAUACCUCUUCAGACUCCUCAUAAACUUGUAGACACUGGAAGGACUGCUCACUUGAUAAAGAAAGCGGAGGAAAUGAAAAGUGGACUUAAAGAUUUGAAAACCUUUUUAACUGACCAAGUUAAGCCUGGAGAGGAGGAUAAAAGUCUUAGUGAUUCUGUAGACCCGAUUAAGAAGACUCCUGAAUACUCAGAGGCUACUUAUGAGUGGGACAACUAUGACAUGAGGGCAGGUGCCCUGGAAGGAAAUUUAGAUGAUUCAGUCUAUGCAUCACCUUUAGCGAAUAGCCCAGAGAAAAGCAAUCUCUUUAGAUUUGGUGAAUCAACUACUGGUUUUAACUUCAGUUUCCAACCAUCCCCAAGUCCUGGAAAGUCUCCAACCAAAAUAAAUCAGAGCAGGGUAUCUGUGGGCACCGAUGAUGAGUCUGAUGUUACACAGGAGGACGAGCGCGAUGGUCAGUACUUUGAUCCUGUGGUUCCGUUACCAGAUUUAGUUGAAGUCACCAGUGGUGAAGAAAAUGAGCAGACUCUCUUUUGCAACAGAGCAAAACUAUAUAGAUUUGAUAAAGAUACUAAUCAGUGGAAAGAGAGAGGAAUAGGGGACUUGAAGAUUUUGCAGAACUAUGAUGAUAAAUCUGCCCGAGUAGUAAUGAGACGAGAUCAAGUGUUAAAACUCUGUGCCAAUCACCGUAUUACACCUGAUAUACAUCUGAAACCCAUGACAGCUGGAUCUCAGCGAGAAUGGGCAUGGACAGCUCGUGACUUUGCGGAAGGUGACGAUAGAGUAGAGUGUUUUGCUGUACGUUUUAAGCUUCAAGAAGUUGCCGAUCUGUUCAAAGAAGCUUUUGAAGAAGCAAAAGUUGCACAAAGUAAAGGUUGUUUGCUUGCUCCAUUUUCUUCUCGAGUCACAAGUCCAAAAGCUUCACCAUGUGGAAAGGCAGCUGUGGCCAUAUUGGAAGAAACUACAAGAGAGAGGACUGAUCUUCCAUCUGUAACGUCCCCUGCUUCAGAAGCAGAAUCUAACACUUCAGCCACUUCAGAAAAGACACCUACAGCAGUGGUGUCCCCUCCUAAGUUUGUGUUUGGAUCUGAUGUUGUGAAAAAUAUAUUUGGUACAGAGAAGAAGGGUUUCACAUUCGGAAGCCCUUCUGGGGCUGGAACAAUGUUUGGCUUCAGCUUCAACUCAUCAAAAACCUCUAACAAAGAACAAAAAACAUCUAAACCUAGUCCAACACCCCCUAUUAAUUCUAAAGAUUCUUCAGUAGCUUUGGAGAAGCCAUCUCAGCAGGUUUUGCAGAAUCCUACAGUCUCGUCAUCUGCUACAGCAUCUUCCCAACCACAGCCUCAAGGCCCAGCUAGAGCCAAGAGUAGCGGUGAUCUUGGAAGUGACAGCUCGUCUGAUGUGGUGAUUGUGUAUGAGUUAACUCCGACAGCAGCGCAGAGAGCGCUAGCAGAACAGCUCCUCCUCCCGCCAACAUUCUUCUGCUACAAGAAUAAACCUGGAUAUGUCAGUGAUGAGGGUGAUGUAGACGAUGAGGAUUUUGAGUCUGCUGUCAAAAACCUAAAUGGUCAACUCUACCAGGAGCAUAAAAGAGAUAAGAGUCGACAGGCUGCAUCAGACAACAUUGAAGAGCCUACCACAGGGUCCGAGAAAGAGUGUGUCAUUGUUUGGGAAAAGACGCCCACUGCUAAGGAAAAAGUGAAGGCCGAGCAUCUGAAACUGCCUCCAACAUUUUUCUGCGGGGUGAGCAGUGACACAGAUGAUGAUAAAGAGAAUCCUGAAGACUAUGACUCCGCAGUAAGGAAAAUGAAGGAGUCUGAAGAAACCGAGGACACAAAGGAAAAUACGGGGACAGCUACAGCCUCCAUUACUUUAUCCACAGCACAAGAAAAGCCUGACACCUCUGCCCCAGAACCUGUGGACUUAUCAACAAAAACUGAGGAAGCCAAGCCAGAUUCUACGAGCACCGCUUUCAACUUCUCCUUUGGCCUAAGCUCUGGAUCAGGAAUUUCAUUUGCUGACCUGGCAACAGACAAUGAGGAGUUUGCUUUUGGUUCCAAAGAUAAUAAUUUCCAAUGGGCAAACACAGGUGCAGCUGUGUUUACCUCUAUGGUGCAGAACAAAAAGGCAGAGAAUAAAGGGGAAAAUGAUGAUGAGGUGGUUCACAGUGAUGACGUCCAUUUUGAACCCAUUGUUUCAUUACCAGAGGUGGAUGUUAAAUCAGGAGAGGAAGAUGAAGAGAUCCUUUUUAAAGAGAGGGUGAAGCUAUACCGGUGGGACAGAGAUAUCAAUCAAUGGAAGGAAAGAGGAGUAGGAGAGCUAAAAAUUCUUUUCCAUCAAGAGAAGAAAUAUUACCGUGUUCUUAUGCGUCGAGACCAAGUACUUAAAGUGUGCGCUAACCACAUGAUCUCAGCGGAGAUAAAACUGGCCCCCUUAAACACCUCUAAUAAUGCUCUGGUUUGGGCAGCACAGGAUUUUUCUGAUGGAGAAGGAAGGUUUGAGCAACUUGCGGCUAGAUUUAAAAACCAGGAGUUGGCUGAUUCUUUCCAGAAAAUAUUUGAGGAAUGCCAGAGGAAUCUACAGAUGUCUUAAUGGGAAUUUUUGUCGCAUGUCACAUGUUGACGCCAUGCCAUUGGUUAUGAAUUUCAUAGCUUAUCCAUUUUUGGAUUGAGUGACUGAACCCUUAUUAGAUUUUGCUUCUCUAAAUCUUUUAAAGAGCAAUCAAACCUGUGCUUCUUCAGAGGUACAUCCUAGUUCUGUACGAUUCUUAACAGAAUAAAGACAUCCCGCCGUAAAUUUACUUGUGUGGAAAGGACUUAUCUGUGCACUUGUAAGAACACAAUCCUAUUUUUUAAAUGUUAGUAUUGUAAAUAAAGUUCAGAGUGAAAUUGUG